AUGGGCAUAUGGCUCAUUGCCUCAUUGACUCGUCUAUCUUGCGAGAAUCGGUGUCUGGGGUUUUCUGGUGUGUUCUUGAGUUUCACUGACAGAGAACCGUUGAGUGUAUUCAUCGGUUCAUCAAGCACUUUGUCAGAUGUAAAGAACAGCAUCUUGCAGAAGCUUGGGGUAUUUGGAAGCAAGUGGGUGAAGAAGCUAUUCUACAAGAUUCCCAUCGCAGUUGUGUCGACCGGUGUUAAGUAUGAUAUGUUUGUGCUAGCGGUUGAUGAAGAUAUUAGGGUUCUGUUUCAUUGUGUUAGGAGUUUUCUGGAGGUCAAAAUACACAAGUUGUAUGCGAAGUUGGAGGUUGGUGUCGAUAGUUCUGGGGCAUCAGCUCCAGUUCAUAGCUCGACUACCACAGGCGGUGCGUCUAGUUCGAUGCCUAUGGCCGGGCCAUCUGUUUCGCAGCAGGCAUUUGAGGCGGAUACCGGUGGUGGCAUAAUUCAUGAAGUACAAGGCUUCAGGGAACCUGAUCGAGUAGAGAAUGCAAUGCAGGACGAUGACUCUGAUCAGGAGCAUGUAGAUAUCAUUGGGGAUAGUGAUGAUGACACAGGUCCCAAUCCACAUGCACAGCACGGGCCUUCAAGUUCUAGCACACAGCAGUACCCUCCACACUUCUCCACUCUAAACUUGGAGGCUCUGGGUCAACAGGCGGACGGAGGUGCUACAAUUGGGGGUUCUUCUAUAGAAUUUCAGAUUGGGCAAUCGUUCCAGAAUAAAGAUGAAGCUGUUCUGAGUGUGAAGGACUAUAGCAUCCGUCGAGGUGUUGAGUACCGAGUCUUGGAAUCGGAUCAUCUGAAGUAUCAUGGAAAAUGCAAGGAGUUCGGCAAGGGUUGUAGUUGGUUGAUUCGCAUAUCGCUUCGUGCACGAAAGGGCACUUGGGAGGUUAGGAGGGCGGAUGCUGCGGUUACGAUAAAGGUCUUGCAACAAGCAACAGAAGCUGAUUAUGGGUUCCGGCCUAGUUACAGAAAGGUUUGGAUGGCAAAACAGAAGGCAGUAGCACAAAUAUAUGGAGACUGGGAAGAGUCGUAUGCCGAAUUGUCACCUCUCAACGAAUGCGCCAAGUAG